AUGUUAUUUGGUUUUGUCCUAUCACGUAGUCUUUCGAAUUUGAUCGGAGCAUUGUAUCCUGCUUUUAAAUCAUUUCAAGCUUUAAAAAGUGCUGGUGAAGAUGAUGACAAACAAUGGCUCACUUAUUGGAGUGUCUAUGCUUUUGUCAUUACUUUUGAAUGCUUUUUUGAAUGGUUGAUUUAUUGGAUUCCUUUCUAUUUUGAAGCCAAGAUUAUUUUCUUGGUGUGGUUGAUUUUCAAUGUCAAUACAAAAUUCGGAGGAGCUCACUUUGUUUAUUCGUGCUAUAUUGAACCAUUCCUUGAAAGUAGAGAAAAAGUUAUUGAUGAAAUUUUGAAUCAAAUGGGUCUAUCGUUUUUGGAUUUGUCAUCAAAAAAGGUGACAACAACCGAGCAAACAACAGAAUCAAAUAAGGACAAGUAA